AUGUACCCAGAAUUUUCUCCUUCCCUUCGUCCUCCUUUUGCAGAUGGGGUCCUAGGUCUCGGAACUGGAAAAACAAGCAUUUUAUCACAGUUAAGCGAAAAAGGUAUAAUUAAGAAGGUCAUGGCCCUGUGCUUGAGUGAAAUUGACCCUGGAUAUCUUGUCCUUGGAGAUUCUCAAUCCAAUUUACCAGGAAUUAUAUGGAUGCCAUUGUCAAACAAUCGCCUGGAGCCAAAUAAUAUGCUUGGCCCUGCGGACCUCUCGUAUAAUGGAAAUCUUCUUGCUUCAGGAUUACUUUUUUUGUUCGACAGUGGGACUACUUUUAACUACUUCAGCCCUGUAAUAUAUCAAGCUGUUCUUUCUAAGGCGAAAGAGUUGGCACCGACACCAACAGUUGAUGAUCCAUAUCUUCCCAUCUGCUGGAGACCUUUUCAGAAUGGUUCUAUAUUUGGUUCCUUAAAAUUGAGUUUCACGAGUAACAACAAUGUCUAUUUCGAACUAGCACCAACAGAUUAUAUUAUUAUGAGCCCUCAGGAUAAUGUGUGCUUGGGGAUCCUAGAAAACCAGGAACUUGGACCAGAAUUUGAAAACCUGAACAUAAUGGGAGACUUUUACAUGAUACGGAAGCUGAUGAUUUUUGACCAUGAAAAUCAGAAAAUUGGUUGGCUUAACCAUGCUUGCAACCAAUUAUCUGAGCAGCUUUCUUUAACGCAAAAGGCCAUGAGUAAACGCUCACGAGAAAAGAGAAUGAAAAAAUGGCACAAAGGAAAAGAUACUGCUCAUUGGUACACCAAAAAGAAGAGGAAGCUGGACAUUACACAAUUCUCCCUAAAAUAAGUUGAUUUUGAGGUGAAAGAGGUGGCAGAGAAGAUGGCAACCCGAGUUGAGGAUCCCCAUCUUCUCAUGGGUUCUGACGGUCUUUGGGUUCCUUGAGUUUGAGCUUCCCAAGUAACAACAAUGUCUAUUUCGAGCUAACAUCAGGAGACUAUAUUACUUUUUAGCGUUAAGUCAUAAGAAACUGUUGGAAUUCAUUAUAGAUGUAUUAGUUUUUCAUGCAAAGCUAUCUUUAAUUGUAGCCUAUGGAUAACGUGCAUGUGCUCGGCAUUU